GAGCGGGUCCUUCUCUCCACAGACAGUUUCUAACGCAGCGCAACGUUCAGCAACAACAACAAGCUGCGGGGAAACCAAGGCGGACCGUGCGGGAGCUUCACGCACGGACUCAGACGAGCACGCGGACUCUGAUGUUCAGGAUGAAGCCGAGCUCCUCUGGAUCUCCUGUGACAGACGUGGACCAAGGGGCCGAUCUUCUGAAUCCUGCUCAGCUCCUCCCCUUUCCGGGCUGAAACGCAUUUAGUUGUUGAAACACUAAAAUAUUGAAUUGCACAUAAUAAUGUAGCAGAGAUCUGUGGAGCAGUUUGACCUCAUGGGUCUGGAGCGUCGUGUUUUUAACGUUUCACAUGAAGUUCAGACUUCACAUUAAUCUUCACAGUUUCCUGUGCAUCACUUCCGGUCUCUGUUGAAUGUUUAACGUGAACUGACGACCUUCAGGUGCGUCAGCGCCCCCCCCCCCCCCCCCCCCCCCCCCCGUCUGAGGAUGAACGGCUCUCUUUUAACCCCGCCCAGCCCGCGGGCAGCCUCCUCCUCCUCCCCAUUACCUCCCUCACCCUCCCCAUCUCCAUCUCCUCCAUCUCCCUCCAUGCUGCCCCUGACCCCGCGGCCCCCCCCUCUCCCACCUCUCGUGAGCCCUCCACCCCAGGCCCAUCCCUCCUCCCUCUCAGACACCCCCACACCCUCCCCCUCCCCUUGCCUGAGCUGGACCGAGUUCUGUGAGCUUCAUGCACGCGUUGCUGCCGGGGACUUUGCACGUCACUUUCGGGCUUUUCUCCAGGAGAAUCCUCACUACUCCCCCGACUCAGCCGCCGCCUUCUGCCGCCGCUUUACCGACCGCUUUGUCCGUCACUUCCAGAGCGAACUGGAGGGGGCGCUGCCUCCCAGUGGGAGGGACGAACUGAUGACCUGGGCUCCCCAGUCAGAUGCGACCUCGCUGGAAGAAGAGGCGGUCUCGCCCCUCUCAGCCACGGGGGGGGUGGUCCUCCCGUGCCCCCCUCUCAGCAUGAUGCGGGCUCUGUCCAAGCCUGCGCCCACCCGGCUGGUGCUGGAGAACCGCACCGACGACAGGUUUCAAGAUUCUUAUGCCCACGGCCAAGUCCUCCCGCCAUCGUCCUCUUCGUCGUGCUGCUCAUCAGUGGGGGGGAACAACGGCCGGCGUGAAGAGAGGGGGGCCAUGAUCGCCCCUGGGAAUGGGGAAGCACCCGUUGAGGAAGAGGAGGACAGCUGGCUCGGGGUGUCGUCUGUUGGAGAGGAUGUGGAUACAGAGGAGCGGGAAGCAGAGUCUGCCGAGGUGGAUAAUGGUGACUCCUCCCUCACUUCUCAGGUUCCACCUUCCCCGUCCUCCGACACUCCUCCGCCCGACUCCAAAGGGAACGGCACGCCCAACUCCUCCAAAAACAAGCUGAAGAAGCGUUUCUCCCUGCGGAGUGUCGGUCGGAGUGUUCGGGGCAGCGUCCGCGGGAUCCUGCACUGGAGAAGCUCCUCCAGCGACUCGGCCCAGAGCCAGCUGCCCUCCAGCUACAGCUACACUAUGGGUGUGCAGGACGCUACUUUGGUUUCAACCUCCAAGAGGAACUCUGGUACGCAGCCCCCCACACCCACCUCCUCAAUGCCAGUCUCUCUGUCCAUGCCCCUCUCCCUCCCCCACUCCUCUUCCUCCUCUCUGCCUCCCUCGUCUUCAAGCAGCGCCACCUCUCUGUCUCUGUCCGAGGCGGCUCGAGAUCGGCGGCGUAGCAACGGGGAAGGAGGCGAGAAGGAGAAGUGGAGUCAUCGGCUGGAGAAGCUCCGACUGUCGCGAUCCCCUCCUCCUGUCCUCACCCCCAACUCUUCCUGUGCUUACUCCACCUCCUCCACGCUGCCUCCGAGCAGCGCCGCCGCCGCCGCCGCCGCCAUGGGGCCGCCGAGGAGGGUGGGCCGACUGGUGCGGGAGGGGGGGGUGAGCGUCAGCUCGUCCAGCGACGAGUUAAGUGGAAGCCACGGCUUCUCUGGCUUCUCUUUCAGUUUGUUGCAUCACGGUACGGACAACAACAACGCUGCCUCAGCUUCGUCUGCGGCGGCUCAGAGUCCGGUGCAGCCUCUGCUCAGCGGGGGGAACGUGCCCUGGAGAGGAGGGCGCUGGCACAAGUGUCGUCUGGUCCUCCGGGAGCGGGACAGAGACGGUGGUGAGCGGGGAGAGGAGUACUACCUGGAAUUCUUCAUUCCACCUAAAUCGUCGAAGCCCCGGCUGACGGUACCGUGCUGCUCCAUCGUGGAUGUGAGGAGCACCACGGCGCUGGAGGUCCCUGACAAGGAGAACACGUUUCUGCUGCAGCUGGAAGCGUCAGCGCAGUAUGUGAUUGAGACACGAGACGCUGUGCAGAUGAGAGCCUGGCUGAGCGACAUCAGGAACGGCAUCUGUCUCAGCGAGCAGGACGAUGCUGAGGGAGUGUGCGGUGGCCCGUUAGACAUCAGUGGAACUCCUGAGGUUGUCGACCGUCUGUCACAAGUGUUGUACGGAGGCAUCGGAGGCUCGUCACCGCUGAUGGAUCCUCUUCCACCGGAGCUGCCGCCUCGAGCUCCUCUCGACGAACCAGACGGACGGAUUCUUGGUGGAGGCGGGGCUAGUCUGGGCACACCCUUUGCAGAGACACCAGAUGCCACAGGGUCCUUCCUGUUCUCUGAGGUGACGUCGGCCGACGCCGUGGAGCACCCGCUCAGCGAGUGUCAGUGGUUUCACGGAACCCUGUCUCGCCUCAAAGCUGCUCAGCUGGUGUUGGCCGGAGGGCCGGCGAGCCACGGCGUCUUCCUGGUUCGCCAGAGCGAGACACGGCGCGGAGAAUACGUCCUCACCUUUAACUUCCAGGGCAAAGCCAAGCACCUCCGCCUGUCGCUGAACGAGGACGGUCAGUGCCGGGUGCAGCACCUCUGGUUCCAGUCCAUCUUCGACAUGCUGGAGCACUUCCGGGUGCACCCGAUCCCGCUGGAGUCCGGCGGAGCCUCCGACGUCACGCUCAUCAGCUUCGUGGGCGCCACCGCCGUGCGCCAGCCAGACUUGACCAGCAGACCCCGUAGCCCUCCUCAGCCUCCUCCCCUGCCGCCGGGCCGGCCGCCGCCACCGACUCCGCCCCAGGAGAGAGGAAAUGAGACGGAGAUCGGAGGAGGAGGAGGAGGAGCGGGAGAAGGAGGAGCAGCAACAGCGCCCGUGGUGACGAUGGCGACGACAGGAGGAGGAGGAGGAGGAAGCGGAGGCAGCGGCGGUGGGAGUGGAGGAGGAGUGGAGGACUGGGAGGAGAGGGACAGGGACACUCCUCUCCGCCAGCUGGACGCUGUGGAGGGAGAAGAGAGGGACGGAGCGAGGGCACCCAGAGCCAUCGAUAACCAGUACUCCUUCUUCUGAUGAAGGGAAGGCCAGGAGGAGGCGUGUGUGUGUAUCGAGUGUGUGAGUGAGUGAAAGUGAGAUUGGAUGAGGUGGUGUACAUCAUAGCCAUUCAUAACCAGUAUUUUAUUUCGUUAGCGAGCUGGAGGAGGAGAAGAGUAAACUAACACUACAGGACAGAGAGCAGCUUUAACACUAACUUCGUGGUACAUUUCUUUCAAGUUGUUCUCAUCAGAUGUUUGUUUUUGUCGGUACGCCUCGCAGCACGUCUGCUCUGUCUCAUGUGCACGUGGACAGAAGUGAGUGAUGUCAUCACUGUUGUCCUGCAGAGACCGCACACGUUAACCAGAGACACACAAACACACAAACAUGAAACACUACUAACGCCCUGACAUCGUUACAGCCAACUCCAAAUAAAUGAAACACUACACGACAUCAGGCUUCAUGAGUCAUCAAACAGUGAUUUACAGGAAGAGACAGAUUUAGAUUUAGAAGAUGAUUAUUUGACUAUAAAUCCAUAUUUAAUACUUACUAGAAAUUGGUAAUUAUCAGUAUAAAGUAAAAACCUAAUUCUCCAUGUUUAUCAUUAAUAACUGCAGAUGAUAGAGAGGUGGAUUAUUGAGCAUUUGGUUUGUCAAUCAACUGAAAACCAAUCACAACAGUCUUCAUCGAGUUUGACUCAAACAUUUGUUGGAUGCAUCUUCUCAAAUGUGAGAAUUUGUGCCUUUUUUUUUUUGUUUUGUAAAGUUUUGUUUGUUUAAAAAAAGAAGUUUGAAGACAAAACGGUUUAUUAACAAAAUUCAAUCACAACAAAAAUCAUCCUAGGCCGCAGUCGUUCUGUUUUCUUGUGUAUUUUAUAGGAAGAAGAAUGUAGGAACGUUAAUGUGUAAUAUUUGGGGCCCGAGCGCUGACGAGGACCUUUCUGCUUAUGAGUUUUGAAACUGCAGGUGUGUUAAAGUGAAAGGUUUUGAUGGAGUUCGGUGCCACGACGCCUGAAGUGUGAAGACGUGUUAAUGGUUCCAGUGACACAUGAACCAGAGCAGACUGGAAACCUUUACCUCAGCAUCGCCCUCUCUCACCAAGCUGAACGGAGGGAGGGGAUUCUUUCAGAGAGAAACUGUUGAUGAUACCAAUAACAAUAAUAUUGAUGGAAAUAAUAAUAAUAGUAGUAUUAAUUUUAUUUGUUUUUAUGACACCUUUUUUAUCUUGUAUGCUUACUCCAUGUAACACUUGUUCCGACUCCAUCUUGUAAUUCAAAUGAAACGUCUUUGUGCCUUUUUGUAUUUUUUAUUUUUGGGAUAAAAAGAAGGAAAAAAUAUAUAAAUAUAAAUAUAUAUGUAUAAGA